UAUUACGUCCACUACGUCGACUACAACAAACGCUGCGACCAGUGGGUGAAGGCGUCGAACGUGCGCGAGCUCACGGAGCUCGAGAAGAACGCCGGCGCCGGCGGCUUUGUGGGCCAAGCCGCCGGCCGCAAGCUCACGCGCACGCAGAAACGCAGACUCAACGAGAUGAACCACGUCGAGGUCGCGCCCGAGGACAUGUUCCCGAUCGAGCGCCUCAUCGAGCAAGAGCACGAAGAGAAGACCAAGGUGAAGAACGUCAACACCGUGGAGAUGGGAAAGUACGAGAUGGACUGCUGGUAUUACUCGCCGUACCCGGAGGAGUUUUGCUCGAGGCAAAAGCUCUUCGUGUGCGAGUUCUGCCUCAAGUACAUGCGCAAGAAGAAGACGCUGCUGCGACACCGCGCGAAGUGCCCGCUGUCGCAUCCGCCCGGGAACGAGAUUUAUCGCCAGCCCCUGGAGCCGAACGCGGCGCCGGGCGCGCCGACGCUCGCGAUGUUCGAAGUCGACGGCGCCAAGGCGGGAGUCUACUGCCAAAACCUCUGCCUCCUCUCCAAGCUGUUUCUGGACCACAAGACGCUGUACUACGACGUCGAGCCGUUCCUGUUCUACGUCCUGUGCGAGCGCGACAACGACACGCCCGAGGGUAACUACCACCUCGUCGGGUACUUCUCGAAGGAGAAGCACUCGCAGGAGAGCUACAACCUCGCGUGCAUCCUCACGCUGCCGCCGUAUCAACGACGCGGGUACGGGAAAUUUUUGAUUGAGUUUUCGUACGAGCUCUCGAAGCGCGAGGGGCGACCGGGGACGCCGGAGCGCCCGCUCAGCGACCUCGGGCAGGUGUCAUACCGGAGCUACUGGAGCAAGGUCAUCCUGCGUCUGCUGUACGAGCACAAGGGCAAGGUCACGGUGAGCGACGUGUCGAGGAUGACGGCCAUCACCACCGACGACGUCGUGACCACGCUUCAGGCG